AUGCAAUCUAUUUAUUGGACUGGACGACUUUUAUCAAGAGCACUUUGGAAUGGUAUUUCUAGUUAUACAACUUGUGCAGACCCAGCCGUUGUCAAAAAACGCGAAGCUUCACUAGUAUCUGCUGUUUGCGGAUUUCCUAAAGAUUUAUCACGUGGAAGAAUUAGAAAAGGACAAUUUGGAGUUGCAGACGGUGUUGGUGGUUGGCGUCAUUAUGGCAUCGACCCGGGUGAAUUUUCAAGUUAUUUAAUGAAAACCUGCGAACGUCUAGUCUCCUUAGGGAAAUUUGUGCCCCAUGAACCAGCAGGUUUAUUAGCAAAAAGUUAUUAUGAACUGUUAGAAAAUAAACAAUCUAUUCUAGGAAGUAGUACUGCGUGUGUUAUCGUUUUAAACAAAGAAACUAGUAGCAUAUAUGCAGCUAAUAUUGGAGACAGUGGUUUUGUUAUUGUAAGAAAGGGUAAAGUUGUUCACCGCUCAUCUGAACAACAGCAUUACUUUAAUACGCCGUUUCAAUUAUCGUUACCACCUCCUGGACACUCUGACUUAGUUCUGAGGGAUAGUCCAGAGUCCGCAGAUACGUCGACGUUCGGCGUAGAGGAUGGCGAUGUUAUACUCUUAGCAACAGACGGAGUCUUCGAUAAUGUCCCUGACCAAUUACUAGUCACAGAGAUGAGGAAAGUCGAAGGUGAAAGAGAUCCUACUAAAAUACAAGGCGUAGCCAAUACGAUAGCUUGGAUGGCGCGUAGUCUUGCUUUUGAUGGUAAUUUUUUGUCCCCUUUUGCUCAAAGUGCCAGACAAAAUGGUAUUGAAGCUAUAGGAGGCAAGCCAGAUGACAUCACGGUGCUGCUUGCUACAAUUGCAAUGUAA